AUGGCGUUGCACGCGCUAGCCAUCGCAAGAGCCUCUUUCACUGCUAGCAUGACGAAGCCCGACCCUACGUCAUUAAGCCGGAGCGACACAAUUAGCUUUCUCGACUCGCUUGAAGGGAUGCUAAGACUCUGCUCGACACAGAAUGUCCAGAAUGUACUUCCCUCCGGCAACCGGCUCCCGACCCUUGGAAAAUAUAUGUUAGCCCGUUCAGAGUCAAUAGAGAAAACAACCGAAGGCAAUGAUGAUGGGACGUCCAUUAGUCCGUCCUGUUCGCCUCAACGAAUGCAAAUACACCUACUCUAUCUGAUCCAUGAUUUGUUCCACCAUGCUGAAUUCCACUCUGAGGAGUAUGCAGCUGCGCCUCUUUCGGCCAAACUUCAAUUUUAUCUGAAAUCUAUUGUGAAGAGUGCGUCGGGGCCUGUCCGAAGCGAAGGCUCGCUUCAUCAGCAGCGAUUGCAACAGCUGCUCGGCUUUUGGCGGGAGGAAGGUUUCUUCGAUUACCCGGCAAUUCAAGAGUUGCAUGAGAUAGCAACAAAGGGCGGCCAAGGAAACCGGACCUCGAAAGAUGAGUCAAAAGUAGCAAACGGUAAUUUAGAGGAUGACAGAAGUGCUCCCUAUAUCAUGCCAGCCGCGCACGGUGAUGGAUCUAUUGCAUUCUACGAUUUGCCUGCAAGCAAUAUGAUGCCUCAUAUUGCGCCAAACUCAACAAGGCCAAUCAAAUCAAAUCUUGUCAAACCGCUACAGCUAGUCUCGGGUGCUGCUGAUAAGUACCUUGCAACAGCAGUAGAGUCUUUUUUACAGGAGAUUGACUCACUGGAUAACAUCCGGCUCGAGGAACAAAGACAACAGAAAAUCGAUGUCGAUCAAUUGGGGCAGCUUACUGUUCUCGACGAUACCAAUGCAAGCACAUCUCGUGCCGAAGGCUAUUAUGGCUGGUCUAGGGGCUUUUGCCAGAUGAUCAAACGAGUACCUACGCAUCCCUUCCCAUUUCGGACCGAUGGUCUUGGUGUCCCACCAAGACCUCCCAACUAUGGUGGACUAUGGCCGCCUCCGCCUCCUCCGCCGCCUCCUCCACAGCAUUAG